AUAUAUUAAUAUUGUUAAAUUUUUUGUGAAUUCAUAACAAGUAUGCUUAGGUUUGAAAAACGGUGAUGUCAAAUUUCAAUACAAAUAUCAACCCUGUGCAAAACGAAAUGCACAAUUAAUUGUCAGUUGAACGCAGAAAGAAAGAAACAUUUCUACAAAAAAAUUACUGAGCCAAUUUAAAUCAUGAGUCCUACUCCAGCUCGUUUAUUUAAAUUCAAAAAGAUUACUGCAAAAGAUCGCUUCUAUGGUUUGGGUAAAGAUAAGAAAAACAAACUUCUGCCAAAAACUGGUGUGCCAAUGCAAAACAUAAGUCCAGUUCCAGCACAUUUAUUUAAAUACAAAAAGGCUACUCCAAAAUAUCGUUCCUAUGGUUUGGUUAUAGAUAAGAAACACAUAUCUCCUCCAAAAACUACUGUCUCAAUUCAAACAAUGUGCCCUGCUCAAGCUCAUUUUUAUACAUACACAAAGGCCACUCAAGGAGAUCAUUCCUAUUAUUUGGACGAAGAUAACAACAAAACAUCACCAAAUACUAAGAUGGUAAUUCAAAAGAUGAGUCCCAUUCAAGCUCGAUUAUUUAAAUACAAAGAAGUUGAUCGAGAAGGUCAUUUCUAUUGUUUGGACGAAGCUAAAAAAAACCCAUCUCCACCAAAAACUACUAUGGCAAUUCAAAACGUGAAUUCUGCUCAAAAUCGCUUAUAUAGUUACAAAAAGGAUACUGCAAAAGAUCAUUUAUAUAAUUUGUGUGACGAUAAGAAAAAUACACAUCCACAAAAAACGUUUGUUCCAAUUCAAAACAUGAGUCCUGUUCAGGCUCGUUUAUACAAAUACAAAGAGGUUGCGCUAGAAGUUCAUUCCUAUCAUUUGGACGAGGAUAAGUAUAACACUACUGCACCGAAAACUACUAUGGAUGUCGAAGACAUGAGCCCUGUUCAGGCUCGUUUAUAUAAAUACAAAGAGGUUACUCCAGAAGUUCAUGCCCAUCAUUCGGACGAAGAUAAGAAAAAGACACCAACAAAAACUACUGUGACAACUCAAAAUAUGAGUGUUGUUCAGGCUCGUUUAUAUAAAUACAAAGAGGUUACUCCAGAAGUUCUUUCCCAUGAUUUGGAAGAAGAUAAGAAAAACAAACCUCCACCAAAAACUAUUGUUCCAAUGCAAAACACGAGCCCUGUUCAGACUUGUUUAUAUAAAUUCAAAAAGUUCACUCCAAAAGAUCACUUAUAUCGUACGAAUAAAGAUAAGAAAGACACAACACCAAAAACUUCUGUGACAACUCAAAAUAUGAUUUCUGCUCAAGGUUGUUUAACUAAUUACAAAAAGGUUACUGCAAAAAAUCGUUCCUAUGGUUUGGAUAAAGAUAAGAAAAAGACACCAUCACCAAAAAUUACGGUUCUAGUUCAAAACAUGAGUUCUGUUCAAACUCGUUUAUGUAAACACAAAAAGUUUACUCCAAGACAUCAUUUCUAUCGUUUGGAAAAAGAUAAGAAAACCACACCUCCAUCAAAAACUACUGUGACAACUCAAAAUAUGAGUGCUGUUCAAGCACGUUUAUAUAAACACAAAGAGGUUACUCCAGAAGUUCAUUCCCAUCAUUUGGACGAAGAUAAGAAAAACACACCUCCACCAAAAACUGCUGUGAUAACUCAAAAUAUGAGUCCUGCUCCGGAUCGUUUAGUAAAAUACGAAAUAGUUACUGCAAAAACUCAUUCCCUUCAUUUGGACGAAGAUAAGUAUAACACAACCUCACCGAAAACUACAGUGGCAAUUGAAGACAAGAGUCCUGUUCAGGAUCGUUUAUAUAAAUACAAGGAGGUUAUUCCAGAAGUUCAUUCCUAUCAUUUAGACGAAGAUAAGAAAAACACACUUCCACCAAAAACUACUGUACCAAUUCAAAACAUGAGUCCUGUUCAAGCACGUCUAUACAAGUACAAAGAGGUUACUCCAGAAGUUCAUUCUCAUUGUUUGGACGAAGAUAAGAAAAACAUACCUUCACCAAAAACUACUGGGCCCAUUCAAGAAAUGAGUCCUGUUCAAUCUCGUCUAUAUAAAUACAAAGAGGUUACUCCAGAUGUUCAUUCUCAUCAUUUGGACGAAGAUAAGAAAAACAUACCUCCACCAAAAACUACUGUCCCCAUUCAAGAAAUGAGUUCGGUUCAAGCACGUUUAUAUAAAUACAAAGAGUUUACUCCAGAAUUUUUUUCCCAUCAUUUGGACGAAGAUAAGAAAAUCAAACCUCCACCAAAAAUUACUGUGCCCUUUCAAGAAAUGAAUUCUGUUCAAGCACGUUUAUAUAAACACAAAGAGGUUACUCCAGAAUUCCUUUCCCAUCAUUUGGACGAAGAUAAGAAAAACACAUCACCAAAAACUACUGAAAGAACUCAAAACAUGAUUUCUGUUAAAGGUUGUUUAACUAAUUACAAAAAGGUUACUGCAAAAAAUCGUUCCUAUGGUUUGGGUGAGGAUAAGAAAAAGACACCACCAAGAAAAAUUACUGUUCCAAUUCAAAACAUAAGCGGCGUUCAAUCUCGUUUAUGUAAACACAAAAAGUUUACUCCAAGAGAUCAUUUCUAUCGUUUGGACAAAGAGAAAAAAAACACACCUGCACCAAAAACUACUGUGCCCAUUCAAGAAAUGAGUUCUGUUCAAGCACGUUUAUAUAAACACAAAGAGGUUAUUCCAGAAGUUCAUUUCCACCAUUUGGGCGAAGAUAAGAAAGACAAACCUGCACCAAAAACUACUGUCACAACUCAAAAUAUGAGUCCUGUUCCGGAUCGUUUAGUAAAAUACGAAAUAUUUACUGCAAAAAAUCAUUCCCGUCAUUUGGACGAAGAUAAGUAUAACACAACCUCACCGAAGACUACAAUGGCAAUUGAAGACAAGAGUCCUGUUCAGGAUCGUUUAUAUAAAUACAAGGAGGUUAUUCCAGAAGUUCAUUCCUAUCAUUUAGACGAAGAUAAAAAAAACACACCUUCACCAAAAACUACUGGGUCCAUUCAAGAAAUGAGUUCUGUACAAGCACGUUUAUAUAAAUACAAAGAGGUUAUUCCAGAAGUUCAUUCCCACCAUUUGGACGAAGAUAGUAAAGACAAACUUCCACCAAAAACUUCUGUGCCCAUUCAAGAAAUGAGUUCUGUUGAAGCACGUUUAUAUAAACAAAAAGAGGUUACUCCAGAAGUUCAUUCCCACCAUUUGGACGAAGAUAAGAAAGACAAACCGCCACCAAAAACUACUGUGAGAACUCAAAAUAUGAGUGCUGUUCCGGAUCGUUUAGUAAAAUACGAAGUAGUUACUCCAAAAGUUCACUCCCUUCAUUUGGACGAAGAUAAGAAAAACAUUCCUCCACCAAAAACUAUUGUGCCCAUUCGAAACAUGAGUCCUGUUCAAGCGCGUUUAUUAAAAUACAGACAGGUUACUGCAGGAGAUUAUUCCUAUGUUACUCAUGUGAAAUCAAGACGUUACCACGGCAGCAAACGCAAUUCUUCCGUUCAAUAUCUUUUACGAAACAUAUCUGCUGAGUACUUACAAGUUUGUGUAACAUAUCUUAAUGAAAAUCCUAGUCAAUUCGAUACAACCGCUGCUUGUUUUCUAUCGUUUUACGAGGGCUUCGAAGAUAACUUCGAACUGAUUGCUAUAGCAAUGGAAAUUAUUUUCGAAGAAUCUAUUAAAACACCUAGUUUUCGUUACAUGGGCGCUAAGUUAUUCUAUUUUUUGCAUACGUUUAAAAUUAAAAAUUGUAUGUUUCAUUCGUUACUUCAUGCUAAACUUGAGCAUCAUCAAGAAAUUAUGAAGUCAAAGAUAAAUACUCGUCAAGAACAAAUAGUUCGGGAGUCUGUCCUAUUUUUAACUGAAUUAUACAAGCAGCUGCGUGACGAUGAUACGCCCAUAUUGUUUUUAGCUGAGAACAUCGUAGAUACCCUCAAAUUACUAAUUUCAAAGACUUCGUCGAUUAAUGUGCGUUAUAUAUGCCUUACCUUAAUAUUGGCAGGGAGUGAUUUAGCGAAAAACUGUCCGGCAGCAGUAAGAGAAGUAUUGAGCAUAUUGAUUGAUAUACAUCAGAAAAAACCCGAAAAAUAUCCAUUAGCCGGAAUUAUAUUUUCAUUGCAAAGAGAUAACUGGGGAUGUAUGCGCACUCUUCCUGAUUCUUUCAGUGCAAGUGAUGAGUCAGUCCUCUACGAUUCCGAAGGUCGCAAACCAAAGUAAAUGUUUUCAAAAAGAAUCUAAUUGACAAAUAAUUCUUAAA